UUAAAAAUAUACUAUAUAUCUAUGUUAAUAUCAUUUAAAUUUAAUUAUAUAUCAUAUACAAUAUAUAAGAUUGAUUGUUUUGAUUUAUUUCCUUAAAAUGAUUGAGAAUAAACAAGAGCGGUCAUUUGAUUUAUAUGCACACACCAAUUUAUUACAUAAUAGUAUCUGAUUUCUUGUUAUUUAAUAUAUAAUUAUUAUUUUAUUAUUUCAUGAUAUGCCGAAAAACAUAAACUAAGUAAUAAAUAUAAAAUAUUCAUUAUGUACAAGGCGCAUAUCUUAACCUAAGUAUGUAUCGCUUUAAUAAUUUUAAAUCUUAAAAAUUUUCUAAAUCUCAGGCCAAAACAAGAUAACGAAAUGAGAAUAAACUCAAAAAAACGACACAAAAAUGAAAAAAAAUAUUGAAGAUAGAUAUGAUUGGCAUGUGAACGUAAACUUUUCAUAACCAUAAUUAAAUUUUAAAUUAUUAAAUCAUGAUAUAAAACCGAGUUGACAUAGUUUCAUUGUAACCAAAUAGUAGGCCUGAGAUUUUUUGGCCUAAACGUUAGGUUCUUAUGUGAUAAGUGAUUUUUUGACCUAAAAUAAUUUUAAAAAUGAGAUCAGUUCAUCAGUAAACGAAUUAUGUAAUUAACAAAAAAUUGUUAAAAAUUGUUUAAGGGUCAAAAAUAUCAACUCGAUCAAAAAUAUAAAUUUUAUUUUUCCAUACGAUAGUUUUAAAUAAUUUUCAUAUAAAUUCACCAUGCGUAAGAAGCAUGUUUGUGUAAGGAGCAUGUAUUAUCCUAGUUUUCUUUUAUUAUUAAAUACCAACCCGGUUUUUGGGUAUUUUAAAACUCUCGUCUUUGUAAUAUAAUAUGGACAGCAAAUAAUGAGUAGUGCUGGUAAAAAAUAAAUAAGUAAACUCACAAAAUCUGAAGAGCCAAAUUAGCAAAGAGAAAACUCUUUGAUCCACGGAAUUGAACUCAUCAUAUCCGUUUAUAAUCUACAUAUGUAAAUGCAUGGCGAGAGAAGCAAAAGCAAGAAGAUGAAAUGGAGGUUUCAAAUACUAAAUACUGUAGUCAUUACAAUAUUAGACAACAAAUUAAAUUGAUUCUCCUAGGUGGAAGGUGACUUCUAUUAAUUUUCUCUAUGUCUAGCCAAAGCAACUUCUUUGGCUACUAAUAUAACUGUAACUUCUCUUGAUACUCGCGAGGUAUAUAAAUACAGAGUGUUAUAUACGAUUUAUAAAUGAGAAACCCUAGUUUGGACGUAUCGUCUUCGAGGCUUGAGAAGUUGAGACCAUCAUUGUUUGCUUCCGUUUCAGUUUCAGUGCUUCAGAUAAUGAUUAGGGUGUUAAGAUAAGGUUGAAAAAAUCAUAAUUGUUGUAGAGGAAAUAGAGCGGAAGUACAAGGAUGCCGAGAAUAACGUAGAAGAGUUGGAGCGACGUGGGUGCACCGUGGUUCACGGUUUUAAGGUGCACUCCAUGGACACGGAACAUCGCGAAUCGAUAUGAUAUAGAAUCAUAUACUCUGGUAAAAAAAGAAGCUUGAUUCUUGUCUUCGAAAGGAUAAAUUAACAGAAUAUUGAAUGCUUUCGAAAUACAUAAAUACUCACAAAGUUCGAAGACCCAAAACUAAUCUCGUAAACAAACAGAACCAAACAUUUAAGUCUUCUUUGACCCAUGCAUCCAUAGAUACAUAUAUGAAUGCAGAAAUAUCAUAUAUAUACAGGGUGUGAGAAGUUAAGUCAUGCACAGAUGAAAUGGAAGUCCAAGAAACUAAAAGGUUAAAACACUACAAUAACAAACAAAAGAUACUUUUGGUUGGAGAAGGAGACUUCUCCUUUUCUCUGUCUCUAGCCAGAGCCUUUGGUUCAGCAACAAACCUUAUUGCUACCUCUCUCGAUUCUCAAGCGGAGCUAGAGCGCAAUUACAAGAAUGGGAAGGCGAACGUAGAAGAAUUGGAGAGACUCGGGUGCAAUGUAGUCUUUGGAGUUAACGUCCACUCCAUGACCACAAAGCAUAACCUUGGUUGUUCUGCUACAUACGAUAGAGUCAUUUUCAAUUUCCCUCACGCUGGAUUCGAUUAUGGUCGUGAGCACGAAAUCAAAACAAUCAUGUACGAUAGAGUAACCUCAUUUAUUGUUGUCUUCCCUUUGGUUCUCUUUGGUAUUUUUAUAUUUUGGGAAGGAAAAUACAUUUUCGGUUGGUUCAGGAGGCAUCAAGAACUUGUGAGAGGUUUUAUGAAGAGUGCGAGACUGUUGGUGAAAGACGAAGACAAGGGAGGAGAGAUUCAUGUGGUUCAUAAGACGGAAUAUCCAUUCAGCGAGUGGAAGCUCAAGACUCUGGGUGAGAAAGAAGGCUUAGAAUUGGUCAGUGAGAUCGAGUUUUGCUUAAAUCAUUAUCCUGGUUAUUCCAACAAGAGAGGAAGUAGAGGUUACAAUGACUCUAGCUUCCCUGUUGGAAAAUCAUCUACCUUCAUUUUUAAGAAACAGUUCUUUUAUUAAUUUGGAAUCAUAUUUAUUUGUAUUGAAAUGUUUAAUAUUUUCCACAUGCUAGUACUUCCUCUAUCCUAUUUUAUAAGAUGUUUUUUUUAUUUUAUAAUAUUUGUGAGUCCAUUAUUAAUUUUUCAGUAUUUACGUGGUUAUAUCUAGCUAUGUUUUUUGCCAUUAUAUAUUUCGUGCCUUUGGACGAAAAAUUAAAAAAAACAAUAAUAUAUAUAAUAGAAACCAAAAUUAUAUAUAAAUAUAUUUUUGUUUGAAACCUAAAUUGUAAACAAAUUAUACAUUACAAAAUAGAAUUACUUUAAAAUAAUAUGAUUUAGACAAAAAGGAGUAUUUAUUUUGUGAUCCAAAAGAGAUCAGUGUACAGGUUUUCUUAUAUUUUAAAUCAGCCUCAAAAAAUAUAAUUGUAGCGGAUUCUGAUUAAAUCAUCUUCAUUAAUAAUGUUCAAGAUUGUUUACUAAAAAUUAAAAGAAAAAACAUUAAUCAAUGUUUGUCUCUUGUAUUUUCUCAAAAUUGUUGAUGAUUUCUGAAAAUUAAUCUGAAGUGAAAAUUAUCUGGAUGUUAGAGCACCUUCAAUGAAAGUUUCUUAGCUACCAUAUUUUCACUAAAUAGUAAUUUUCUAUAUAUUAAUAGAAAAACAUUAAAAAAAGUUAUAACUUGUAGUUUUUAGUAAUUAAAAAAAUGUUACGCUGAGUUGUCACGUAAUUAGAAGUCAAUUUUGUUUAUAUGGCAGUUUGAGAAUCAAUUGAGAAUUUGGUUAGUCGAAAGUUAAAUUGCUAGUAAAUGUUAAAUUAUAUAGAAUGUUUAUUAUGGAUCAUUCAUUUAUCAAAUCAAAAUUAUUAUAUAUUCUUUUCUUAAAUAAAAAUUACGGAAUUAACUAACAUGAUUAAGAUAUAUAUGACAAUUAAUGAUUUUAAAUAAUAAAGAUUUGCUAAUAAUCUGUAUACUUUCUUUCACUUUUUUAAAUUAUUUAUUAUUAAAAAAAAAUACACAAUUACAUUAAUCAUAAAAUAAAAAUUUAGAUUUUUUUUGUAUAUGUUGUAUUUUUAAUUUUUUAAAACGAAUAUAAAUUAAUAAAAUUGUUAAAAGUCUCACAUAAACUCUUGUGAUCAAGGUUUAUUUUUUUUUCUAUAAUAAGAUAUAAUGAUUAUAAAAUCACAUGAAUAAAUAAUAUUAUUUUAAUAGUUGUUUUGUUAAUAUAUAUAUUUCAUAUUGUUUAAAUUAAAUUAUACAUCAUAUGAAAACACAUAUUUAUAUUUUGAUAUCUACGCUGAACAAAUAUUGAAAAUUUAAUAUUUUAAUUUUGAAAUCUUCAUUGUUUUUUUAAAUGAUUAGAAAUUAUUGAAACCACAAAACAUUCCACAUUUAAAAAAAAAAUCAUUGGUGUAAACAUUUGUUACACAAAUAUACAAAUAAUCGUAAAAUCAUACAAGUAGAAACAUCAUUUAAUAAAUAUCCAUAUUAAAAGUAUACUAUAUGUGUUAAUAUCAUUUAAUUUUAAUUAUAUAUCAUAUACAAUAGAUAAAAUUGAUUAUUUUGAUUUAUUUACCCUAAAAUGAUUGCGAAUAAACAAGAGCAGUCGUUUGAUUUAUAUGCACACACCAAUUUAUUACAUAAUAGUAACUGAUUUCUUAGUUAUUUAAUAUAUAAUUAUUAUUUUAUUAUUUAAUAAUAUUCAAAACACAUAAAAUAAGUAAUAAAUAUAAAAUAUUUAUUUUUGACAAGACACAGAUCUUAACUUAAGUAUGUAUCUUUUUAAUAAUUUUAAAUCUUAAAUAUUUUCUAAAUUUCAGGCAAAAAAAAAAAUAACGAAAUGAGAAGAAACUCAAAAAUCAAUAUUUAUAUCGAGCAAUAACCAAAAUAAAAAAACGACACAAAAAUCAGAAAAAUACUGAAGAUAGAUAGGAUUGACAUAUGAACAUAAACUUUCAUAACAAUAAUUAACUUUUAAUUUGCUAAAUUAUGAUAUAAAACCGAGCUGGCAUAGUUUCAUUGUAACCAAAUAGUAAGCCUGAGAUUAUUCGGCAUAAACGUUAGGUUCUUAUGCGAUAAGUGAUUUUUUUACCUUAAUUAUUUUUAAAAAUGAAAUCAGCUCAUCAGUAAACAAAUUAUGUAGUUAACAAACAAAGUUUUUUAAAAAAUUGUUAGGACCAAAAAUAUUAAUUCGAUCAAGUAUAUAAAUUUUAUGUUUCCAUACGAUAUUUCUUAAAUAAUUUUCAUAUAAAGCGCAAGGUGCAAGUCUUUUCCUAGUUACAAAAAUUUAAAAAAGUAGGAGAGAAGGACAAACACUUUAGAACUUGUAUCUUAAAUAAAAUGUUUUAAGAACCUCUUUAAAUCCUUAUAAGACACAUCUUUUAGUAAUUAACUUUGUUAUUAAAAUUAAAACUUAAAUACAAUAAUAGAAAAAUCAAAGAAAAUAGUAUUUUUGUUGUUAAGAUACUCAAAUGAC